AUACAUAGAUGUAUAGAUUUGAUAUUAACAUGUAAAAAUUCAAAUUCCGUUUAUUCAUUUAUUAGAUAAACCCUAAACAGGAACAUCAUGAACCAGUGCGGUGUAUUUUUCUUUUUAUUCUCCUUCUUGAGUUGCGCUUUUUUGAGCAGCCAAGCGCCUGUUACAAACAAUAAUAAUAAUCCCGAUGUCAAUGAUCUCCCCAUUAUCGAUUAUAACGAACAAGCCCUACAGUUGAUCCGAUUUACCACCGCUUCAGGCUCUACGAUUGACUGGCAGAGAGCUUUUGAAAAAGUGGCUCCUAUUGCGAUUUUUAAAGUCAAAGAAGCUAGAAGAAACGCAGCAGAAGCUAGAAGAAAUGCAGCUGAAGCUAAAGAAAACUCCAUCGACGCUGGAAGAUACCACUUCAUACUCCUUUCAAGGAACAAAUUAAUAUUUCACGAAGACCGCUACAGCAAGGUGCCCAAGGAAGAUAAUGAGUUUCGCAAAUUAAUAAAACAAGAUGAGCGUUUCACAAACAUCCCUGAGGAGAGAAUAAGUUGCAAAAAACAUGCAAAAGCGUGGUUAUGGUUACUGGUGAAAGGAGAUGAAAAAGUGUUAACUCAAUUGCACACUUUGAGGAAUAGUUUGAACAAUGACGCGGACGAAUUCUUGUGGUUUGUUGAUCACAUUCAAAGUUUUUUCGAGGUAUUCAACGACGACGUUCACUCACCACCGUGUAGUUUGUUGGAUCCAAAGCACAUAGACGUCAAUAAUCUUGGCUCGUAUAUGUCUUUCCUGAAUCCAGACAUCAAGAAAGUAAUGAAAAUUUUUUACGAAAGUGAAGGAUUUAAAGUAGAUAUUGGUAACGUUCAAGAUGGCAAUGAACAAAAGUAGAUGUUGAAAUCAACGGCAGAUGGUUCAGUGAAUCGGAGUUGACUUCCUAUAAACGUGAAAAAUCACCUCAUCCGGAUGUAUUUCGAGUAAUGUUGAUUAGGUACCUAUUAAUGCAUUUUUUCCCCAUUUUAUUUUUUGUAAUAAUAAUAUUUCGGGGACAGACAAGUAUUCUUAAGGAUUUUUUUUGUACAUAUUAUAUGUCUGUUUCGUCGUGGUCGUAGUCGCACUCCUUUACAGGAGGUAGCGUAUAUGUCCAAUGUCCAUCUAUAGGUAUUAGCUGGUUCCUAUCUAGCGUAUCUGAUCGUUUCUUUCAGGAUCUUGCAGGGAGAGUUGGCUGGUGAGUUUGUUGUUAACAGCUCCGAUCAUUUCCUCCCUCUCGUCGAUCUUCCUUGGAUUUUUCCCAUGUACCGCUAGCAUGAAAAUACCGUUUUCUCGUAUUUUAUGAGCUAUAUACUUUAGCUUUCUAGUUUUGAUAUCUUCAACUACGACUUUCCGCUCCUCUCCUAUUCUUGCUAAUCCUUCCUUGUUUGUAAUGAAGUCCUUCCAUGAGACCCGUAGUAGCCAUUGAUAGCACCACAUCUCAAAAGCGGAUAAUUUCUUUUUGCAUUCUGCACUCAUGGUCCAUAUUUCGCAGGAAUACUUCAGAACGGUCCAUACGUAGCAUCGCAUAAUUCUCUUCUUCAGAUCUAUACUCAUCGUUCAAUUUCCCAGCACAUUAGCAAGGUUGUUGAAAGCGGUUUUUGCCAUUCCAAUCCGUGAUUUAAUUUCUUUAUGAUCUCUACCAUUGUUGUUUAACAGGGCUCCAAGGUAUCUGAAUUGGUUUACAUUUUCAAUUUCUUUUGUUCUGAUGUUGACUUUGACCUCUUUAUCGUCUCCUUUUGUAAAUCUCAUCACCUUGGUCUUGCCUGUGUUUAUUUUCAUUCUGUAUUUUAAUCCUGCACUAUUAAUUCAGUCGAUCAUCUUCUGCAUCUGCGCUUCUGUCCCAGCAAGGAUCACUUUGUCAUCUGCAUAGCUUAUACGUUGAACAGCCUGGAGCCUGGGUGAGAGGGGGCAUCCUUGCCUCACACCUCCCUUUAUUUCACAUCCGUUCCCCGAGUACUCAGUUCCAAUCUUGAUGUUAGCGCUUUGCUCCCAGUACAGGUUCUUGAUUAUUUGCAGAUCUUUAUCAUCAAUAUUGUAUUUUUUCAGGAUCUCCAACAUCUUUUCAUGGUUGACAUGAUCAAAUGCUUUCUCAUAAUCAACAAAACAAGCAAUUAUUUCCCUAUUUGCAUUCAGUGCUCUUUGAAUGAUCACUUUCAGCAAGGCAAUUGCAUCUCUCGUGCCUUUUUUCGCUACAAAGCCAUAUUAUUGCGUUUCACUUAGAUUUACAUUUUAUCUUCUUUUCAAUUCUGGCAUUUAUUUAUGAUGGGAGAGUAGUAGCUUCAGCGCGUGGCUCAUUAGUGGGAUGGAUCUAAUAUUCAGAGCAUUUUUGCAAGUUGUUCUUUUUUGGUAUUGGUACGAAAUUUCCUGCUUUGAAGUCCUUAGGCAGCGUACCUUCAUCCUAUAUUUUGUUUAUUACCUUCAGCAGCUCCUUUUCAUACUCUGGUGUUAGAUGUUUAAUCAAGUCUGCUGGUAUGAGAUCUUCCCCCACUGCUUUGCGGUUUCUGGCUCACUUCACUGCAUUCUUCAGCUCCCACAUUUCAAUUCAUGGUGCCUCUUCUGUCGAUGAAAAUUUAGCACUGUGUAUUCCCUACUUGGUCUGUUUGCUUUUCUUUGUUCUUCCAUCAGAUCCAGUAUCUCUUGGGUCAUCCAUGGUUUGUGUUUUCUUCUUCAUUUAAAUGGAAUAGACUUUUCUGCUGCUGUUUUAACCUUUCGUUUCCACAUUUGCCACUUUUCCUUGAUACCUUGUUCUUCUUCCAACCUAUCUUCCUUUUGCUUUUCCAGUUCUUCUUGGAAUUUUUUUUGCACUUCGUUUGAUUUGAUCUUUGAAAUAUCAAGUUGUUGGUAUCGUUCUUUGCUCUUCUUCUGGCUCUUCAAGACUAGUCGGCAUUUUGCAGCCAAUAGUUUGUGGGCAGAGUUGCAGUCAGCACCAGGAUAUGUGUGACAGUUCUUCACUGUGUUCUUGAACCUUCCUUUUACAAGAAUAUAGUCGUAUCUGGUUUCUGACUCGAUCUCCAGGACUGACCCAUGUGUAUAAUCUUCUUUCAUGCUGUUUGAACCAGGUAUUGCAUAUUACUAGAUCGUGUCUUUCUGCAAACUCUACGAGCAUUUUGCCUCUUUCAUUCUGCUCUCCAAGCAUGUAUCUCCCUGCAACUUGGCUGCCAUGAUCGUUCCCAACUUUGGCAUUGAAGUAUCCCAUCAAAAACACAACAUCGUUGUUUUUCGAGCAGCUCAUCACUUCUAGGUUGUUGUAGAAGUUGUUGAUUUCUGCUGCACUGCUUUCUGCUGUUGGUGCAUAAACUUGAAUUAUCGCAAUUGGUUUUGGCUUGACCUCCAAUCUCAGGAGUAGUAUCCUCUCUGAUUUUGGAAUUAUGGCACUGAUUUUAUCGCUGAUUCUGGUAUGUAUUAAUAUACCCACACCUUGUUCGUGUGUGUCUUUCCCAGCGUAGAUCAUUUCAUAUUCCUUAUCUACCUGGUUUCUACUGUUCCCAAUCCAUUGGGUCUCACUUAUUCCUAACACAUCAAUUUGCAAUCUUCUGGCUUCUUUAAUUACAUUAGCAAGUUGUCCAAUUUUAUACAAAAUUUGUACAUUCCAGGAUACGACGUUGAUGUUGCUCCGCCUUGUUUUAACUCCGCGUAUUCUUAGCACCCUAUCCGGCUGCCUUGGCGGAUGAGGAUCAGCCUGACAGAGACUUAGGGCCGUUGCUAAAUUUAUGUCCAUAUAAUUCUAGGGAAAUAUGUAUAAUGGUGUUGGUUUCCCAUUGCCUUCCACCAUGAUUUUCUAUUGGGGUUUAAUCGCUUAUUGUUAGUCGAAUUUGCCAGGUUUUAGGCACUGGUAUUCACCUACUUCAGAGUGAGUAGGCGAAUACCAGUGCCUAAAAACUGGCAAAUUCAACUAACAAUAAGGGAUUAAACCCCAACAGAAAAUCAUGGUGGAAGGCAUUGGGAAACCAACACCAUUGAUUAUUUUUUUUUUACAAGUACCUAUUAUGUAUUUUAAUUAAUCUAUUACCUAAUCUGAGCUACAUAUGUAAUUGUCAUGUCAAUGAAAAUUUUUGUACUCUAUUCGCUAUCUUGUGAAUGUAGUAUUGAAGAUAGUAAGAUAUAAUGUACCAUCUCAUUUGAAUUUUUUUAAAUAUAAAAAUCUGUUAUUGAUUC